GCUGGGAAUUGUGGUCUCCCGGCCGAGGGAGGCCGCCGAAACGUCAGCAGGAGGCGCCGGCGGAGCUGCCUCGCUCGCCCCACGGGCCGAGGGGGAGGAGGCGAUGUGCGACGGCGGGGAGGGUGGCUGCGGCGGGGGGCGGCUCCCCAGGGAGAGGCCCCGGGGCCGCUGCAGCUCCAAAUGCAUGAAGUGCGAGGACGGCCCCCCCGUGGUGAUCAUUCGUGCUGGAGACGCCUUCUGCAAGGCCUGCUUCAAGGACUACUUCGUUCAUAAGUUCCGUGCCAUGCUGGGCAAGAAUCGCUGCAUUUAUCCUGGAGAGAAGGUUCUCCUGGCUUUUUCGGGUGGUCCUACCUCCAGCUCAAUGUUGCGGCAGGUGCAAGAGGGUCUGAACCGAGAAGCAGCAAAGAAACUUCGCUUCAAACCAGGAGUAAUCUACAUUGAUGAGGGAGCUGUGUGUGGACGGAGCUUGGGCGAGCGGGAGGACACCUGCGGGCAGGUGGAGGCUAUCGUGCAAGCUACAGGGUUUCCCUAUCACCUGCUGCUCUUGGAGGAGGUGUUUGACCUUCCCGCUUCGGUCCUGAACUCGCUUUCCCACAGUCCUGCUGACCAGGCUCACAGCUACAAGGAAGCAGUGGCUGAUUUUACAAGGUGGCAGCAGCAGCAGUGGGAGAAGACGGAGGAUGCAGCAACUUCCCUGGAGGACCAGCUGGCAGAGUGCAGCACACGAGGCAGUUCCUGGAAGGAGCGGCUGGCAGUUCUAGCCACUAGCUCUUUUCCCGCUUCCCACGCAGAAGCCCUGUCCCGCCUCUUCGGGGCUGUCAGAUCCUUAACUGCAAAAGAGGAGCUUCUGCAGACCCUCCGGACUCACCUGAUCCUGCAUGUGGCUCGGAGAAACGGAUACACCAAGGUGAUGGUGGGAGACAGCUGCACCCGUGUGAGUGUCAAGCUGUUGACCAACCUCUGCCUGGGACGGGGGGCCUUCCUGGCCAUGGACACGGGCUUCUUGGACAGCCGCCACGGUGACGUUCUGAUCCUGCGCCCGAUGCGGGAGUAUCCCGCCAAAGAAAUUAUUUUCUACAACCACCUCUUUGGGGUGCCCACUGUCUUCACGCCUGGACUGGACACCAAAGCCUCUGACAGAGCCAGCAUUCACCUGCUGAUUGAGAGCUUCCUCUGCAAGUUGCAGUCUGAAUUUCCCUCCACCAUCAGUACAGUCUACCGGACAGGAGAGAAGCUCAGUGCGGCUCCCCGAGAAGUUGGCUCGGAUGUGCCAAGCGCACCGGCCCAGUGCCUCCUUUGCCUUUGCCCUCUGGACACCAGUGUUGAGGACGGAUCCUCCUCGCAGGCCAGGCUGUUAUCGGAGGAGCUCUGCCCGAGGCCGCCAGCUGAGAAUAGUUGCUGUGAAGGGGGCAGGACCCAGGCAGGCUGCUGGGGGAGACCUCCAAUGGGGGGAGACUCCUCCCCACUUCUCCCCUUGCUCUGCUACGGCUGCCGUCUGACACUCAAGGAGCUGAGCUGCACGGAGUCUCUCCCUCCAUACAUUCAUGAGGAAGCUGGGCACCAGCGAUGCAGGGCUGCGAUGAAGGAAGAAAUCCAGGAGUUCCUGCUUGAAGAUGAUGCCUAACUUGUGUCAGGUGCUUUAUGGCCCAGAGGAGAACACGCCAGGAUGUAGAAGCCAGGAGGCACGUGGGAGAACUGUUAACGCUCUUGAUGGCCUGACACACUCUGUUUCCAUGAGUAUUCCUCAAGCAAGUAAAUAAUUUUGGAUUCAGCAGUGGCCAGAUUGAGCUAAGGAGGACCCAGAUCUUUCAAAUGUGCCCAGUUUGACCCCUCAGGCUCCUUGGAUGUGCAAGUGAACUGCAUUUCCACUUCUGUACACAGGACUCAAUUUUAGAACAUAAGGAAGGGAGCAGCCUCGCUCACAGAAGCCUUGUGGAAGAUCCCAAGGAAUAGAGAUUCCUUCCUGGCAGCCACCCCCAUCCAGGCCUCCUGAGGCUUCAUCUAAAUUCCCUCUCGGUCCAAGACUGUUCCAAACCAGAGAAAUCGAAGCUACCCCAAAGCAUCAUUGCUUAACCAGAGGAAUUUCGCUCCUUCGUUCCCUGAAUUCCACCUUGACUCCCCACCGGCUUUUAAAAUCACAGCUUUGUUUUUAUUAUAUAGACCUGUAUAAAUAAAAUGACCUCCUAUAGAAAAAAAUA